AUGGCCAUCCAAAAAGAACCUGGCCAGAAGGGCAUCAACUGGUCCAACAUCGCAGUCGGGGGCAUAAUGAACAUGGAAGUCACGACUUUGGGUCAACCGCUGGAGGUCCUGAAGACUCAGAUGGCAGCGAACAGGUCGCAGACAAUGCCCCAGGCUGCGAAAACGGUUUGGUCGCGUGGAGGUGUCUUGGGUUUCUACCAAGGAUUGAUCCCAUGGGCAUGGAUUGAAGCGUCAACAAAGGGAGCCGUCCUCAUCUUCACCGCUUCCGAAGUAGAGUCGGCCGUCCUUGACAUGGGUGUCGGCCCUGCUGCCGCUGGUCUUCUCGGUGGCAUGUCCGGAGGUAUCGCACAAGCUUAUGCUACUAUGGGUUUCACAACUUGCAUGAAGACCGUCGAGAUUACCCGUCACAAACAAGCUGUUACUGGUGUUAAGCCCCAGUCAACGUGGGCCGUGUUCGCAGAUAUCUACCGCCGGGAAGGUCUUGCUGGCGUCAACAAGGGUGUCAAUGCUGUUGCUGUCCGUCAAUGUACCAACUGGGGUUCACGUAUGGGUUUCGCGCGUUUAGCUGAGACUGGUAUCAGAAAGAUUCGGGGCAAGGGUGACAAUGAUAAGUUGGGUGCCUUGGACAAGAUUCUUGCAUCGUCUGUUGGCGGUGCUCUUGCCACAUGGAAUCAGCCCAUCGAGGUUAUCCGGGUCGAGAUGCAAUCCAUGGCUAAAUCCGCCAACCGUCCCGUCAACCCUACCAUCAUGAACACACUUGCGUACAUUUACAAGGAGAACGGCAUAAAAGGUCUCUACCGUGGUGUGACACCCCGUAUCGGCUUGGGUAUCUGGCAGACUAUUUGCAUGGUUUCCUUCGCAGACUAUGUUAAAGCUUGCACUGUCAUUUCCAUGAUGUUAUAG